AUGGCUGCUGAAAAAAAUGUUAUUGCUUGUACUCAACCGCGUCGCGUCGGUGCCACAUCCGUUGCGACAAGAGUUGCUAAUGAAGUAGGGUCUGCGUUGGGUGUCGGCUAUACUAUCCGAUUUGAAGACGUUAAUAAACAGAGGACCCGCAUAUGUUACAUGACAGAUGGCAUGCUGUUUCGUGCUACUCUCGUAGAUCCUUUCCUG